CGCAUGUGUCAACCUACUUUGACCCUGGAAAAUCAGAAAUCCGUCUGCUAAGGUCCUUACUAUUUUAAGGAGUAAAGUAACGGUAAAAUGGCAACGCAGACGUUAGAGAAAAGUAAACAGGGAAUAGCAGGUGCUCAAAAUGAACAAAAUCUUCUAUGUUUGAUAGACAGAACAAAUUAUCCAAUGCUUCAGGAAAAUGGACAGAGAAAAUAUGGACCACCACCAGACUGGAAAGGACCUGCACCACAGAGGGGAUGUGAAAUUUUCAUUGGGAAAAUACCCCGCGAUUGCUUUGAAGAUGAACUUGUUCCAGUGUUUGAAAAAAUUGGAAAGCUAUAUGAACUUAGGUUAAUGAUGGAUUUUAGUGGUUCAAAUCGUGGGUAUGCAUUUGUUAUGUACACAAACCGCAUUGAUGCUCAAAGGGCAGUUAAAGAACUAAAUAAUUUUGAAUUGAGGAAAGGCAGAUUAAUAGGUGUUUGCAUGUCUGUUGAUAAUUGUAGACUUUUCGUUGGAGGCAUACCGAAAACAAAAGGACAGCAAGAAAUCCUGCAAGAAAUGAUAAAAGUGACUGAAGGUGUAGUGGACGUUAUAGUUUAUCCAAGUGCUGUGGAUAAAACGAAAAACAGAGGAUUUGCUUUUGUUGAGUAUGAAAAUCACAGAGCUGCUGCAAUGGCCAGAAGAAAAUUAAUUCCAGGUAGAAUUCAGCUGUGGGGACACCAAAUAGCAGUAGACUGGGCUGAACCAGAACAAGAGGUGGAUGAAGACACAAUGGGUUCAGUGAAGAUAUUAUAUGUUAGAAACUUGAUGUUGGACACAACAGAAGAGACAUUGCAUCAGGUUUUUACCAAGGCUUGUGGAAGGGAAAACAGUGUGGAAAGAGUAAAGAAAAUCAGGGAUUAUGCCUUUAUCCACUUCAGAGAAAGAGAAGAUGCUUUAAAAGCCCUGAACAUGACAAAUAAUCAGAGUAUUGAUGGAUCAAAAGUGGAAGUAGUUUUAGCCAAGCCAGUGGACAAGAAUGACUAUAGGAUUUAUGCAAGAGGCAAAACAGCAUUACAACAGGAUGAACAAGACAAUGAUAUUGAGGAGCUUUCAGAAGCAUUAUCUCUGUUACAGGCUUAUGGUGCUUACACUACAGGAAUGUACGGUGAUGCUUCAUCAGUGUUAGGAUCAAUGUAUCCUCCAGGAGUACAAGGUGUACAAGGAAUUGCAAGGGGAUUCACAGGUCGAACAGCUGUAGGAAUUAGAGGGGCUAUGAGAGGUAGAGGAAGAGGAGCGGCUGGAGCAAGAGGAGCAGGUGUUCUCAGAUAUGGAAUGAUUGGUGCUGGAUUUUCUGGCAAGAAAUACCCAUCAGAGGAUCUUCUAGUUGAUCUAAUGCCUGGCAUGGAAUUGACACCUACUAACCCAGUAACUCUUAAACCACAAAGUUAUAAACUACCAACCCAGAUAUUAGAUGAAUUGUGUCAGAAGAAUGGUUGGGGGAGUCCAGUUUACCAGCUACAUUCUACACUAGCUAAUGAUAACUCCCAACUCUUCUUGUACAAGGUGACUGUUCCUGCUUUCAGUACCCCAUUCCAGCCAAAUAAGUUAUCAAAAAGUAUAGACACAGCCAAAAACUUUGGUGCAGAAUUUGUCCUAACUCAGUUAGGAAUCCCUUAUGACAGUGAUGCAUCAAAUCUUGCCACAAGUAUGUACCAGGGAAGGCCAAUAGGUCCAGCAGGCUAUGCCAUAGCAAAUGGUUUGCCAAGAUCAGAUGUUCCCUAUGCAACAAUACCAAUGGUAACAAGUGCUCCUCCAACCUAUGUCAGUACAAUGGCUCCAGGGAAAAUGACAAUGCCCCCACCACCAGGUCCACAGAUUCCUUAUGAAUAUGGACAAUACAAUUAGAAUAGAUGUCAAGGAAGUUACUUAUAUCAACAUAAAGAAAAAGAGAAGACUUUUCCCAGUUAUUUUUCUCAGCAGUUUGUGCUGAAAAUUUACAUUAGUCUACACUUGUCUGUAUUUUUUUUAAUCUUCAGUUUCUAUAGGAAUAUAUUAUAAUUAAUCAGUUAUGUUUUGAAAGACACCUUAUUUAAUAUGUUUGCAAUUCAUUUAUGUAGGACAGGGCAUCAAAGUCCAACUUUUGUUUUAUUGAAGGGGUUAAAAAAAUAAAAAUCUUUAUAAUUCUAAAUGAAAACCAGUUCUAUAGUUUGAUUAGAUUAGGACAUUUAUCAAAAUGCCUUAAUUUCUAUCUAUAUUGUAUCAAUAUUACUAGAUAGGACAAGUUGUUGAAACUGUAGUACAUUUAUCUCUCUUAUAAGUGCAUGCAAUUUAUUUUUUUCAUUUUUAUGAUGCUGUUAUGUUAUUUAUUUAACAAGUGCUAUGCACAAAAGUUGUUUUUAUUCAUAUAUUGACUUGUUAUUCAGAUUGUUUUAUGAGGUUGCUUUGGAUCAUAUAUUUGUUAUAUGUUAUUGCUGGAGGGAGACUUGAAUAACUGACUGUUUCUGGAAUAAAACAAAAAUGAUUGACAUGAAAUGGAUUCAUGAUACUUGUAAAGCUUCUCUUGGUGUAGAUUAAUUUAGCAAUUGAAUUAUUUUAAAAGUAAAUAACCAAAUCUUAAAGAAAUAAGUUUCAAGUAAGAAGUAUAUGUCUUAUAAUAGAUUUCUGUCUUGUCAUUCUAUAAAAGUCUUUGAAUUUUAUGAUGAGUUUGCUAAAAAAGAUAAGCAACACCACAGUCUUAUAAAAUAUGCCUAUGAGACGCCUGAGAUUUGAAUUUUUUUAACUAGAUAUCCAGAAAUAGUUGAAUUAUUCCAAGUAACUUCUGUUUGUUGUAAGGCUGGAGUAUUGACUACUCAAUGUUUGUUAAAGUUAGGGUUGCUACAUAAUUAAUGUUAUAUCUUUGUUGCUACAUGUAUAAUGUUAUAUCUUUGUCACAUAUCAAUUAUUUUAUAUCUCCAUUCCAAACUGCAAAAAAUCAUUCCAUUUAUCUUUAUUUUUAUUCCAUUUAUAUGUUACUAGUAGGCACACAGUAUGCACUACAUACAAAUAAAAGCCAUUUGAACUGAAUAAGGUUAAUAUAUUUUUAAGUUCCUGCUAAAUAUUAUUUUCAAAUGUGUUUUCUGUUGUUCUUAGACAUUCAUGAUUCAUUGACAUCCUUUCCAUACAUUCAUCCUAUCAUUCAUUUUUCAAUAUAAAGUAGAUUUUGGAGUCUUGGCUUUAAGUUGAACAUAAAAUAAGCCUUGUGUGGGGGAUACAUUUUAUAAGUUACUUGAUAAAUAUUAAUAUUUUGUUUUCAAAAGUUGCUGAUUGAGAACUGCAAAAAAAUAUAUUUUUGAAAGGAUAUUAAGAUAUAUAUUAACUGAUAUUGUAUUGAAUGUCCUUUUACUUUUAAAACCAUUAUUGUUCAUGAAAAACUUUGAGGCUAAUUUAUAUUGUUGGUUGUUUCAAUUGAUGAGCAUAGUCUCAUCUUUAUCAAACUUUUAGUUUUAAUCUUAUAUUUAGUUAUAGUUCUGCCAUGACCCAGGUUGGUGCUCAUUUUUAUUUUUUUAUAAGGUACUCAAAGGUGUUGUGUGGUGAUAUAUAUAUAUAUUGCAUGCUUUUGUUGAAUUAUUUUAAACAAAAAUAUGUUCUUUUGAACUAUUUUUCUGACAUUUUUUUUUUAUAGUUUUUAAAAGAAUAAUAUAUACUUACAAUUGGAUACAUUUGAAUAAACCAAUGAUAAUAAGAAUAACAUCCUGUAAUUGCCUGAUUUGUUGAAAUUUGAAAAAAAUAAUCUUUUUAUACAAGAUCCACCGUAGGUGGUAAAGAGGUGCCAAAUGUCUUUCUUAGCCAGAUAUGCUCAGUACAAUUCUAUUAUGUCUUGCAAAAA